UGUAAGCCACGGGGGAUGUAGAGGGGUUAGUUAAAGAGGGAACAGGUUCCCUGAUAACGUAUCUCUUCUCUCUCUGCCUCGUUUCAGCAUCUUUGCUUCGCUUCACAAUCUCUUUUGAAAAUAAUUAUUGGGGGGAAAUUGGAGGAACAUCACAGAGACGGCAUACGUAUAGGAGCAAAGAUCUGCAGCACAAAAAAACAACUGUUUUCUGGAUGAGCUAGCAGCAGUUUGGCAUGGCAGACAUACUCCAGAAGCUCACAGUCCCCAUCCCUGGUGUGUGGAUCUGCCUGAUGCUCCUCACUUCCUGUGCUUGGACCGGGAAAAUUCGACAUGAAGACUUCAAUCCUGAUGAUGGGAAGGACAACAUCACCAUUUUCACCAGGAUUCUGGACCGGCUCUUGGAUGGCUAUGACAACCGUUUGCGCCCUGGCCUAGGAGAGAGUGUGACAGAAGUGAAAACGAACAUCUAUGUGACCAGCUUUGGGCCAGUGUCUGACACAGACAUGGAGUACACCAUCGACGUGUUCUUCCGUCAGAGCUGGAGAGACGAGAGGCUCAAGUUCGAUGGGCCGAUGCAGGUCCUGCCCCUCAACAACCUCUUGGCCAGUAAGAUCUGGACCCCCGACACUUUCUUCCACAAUGGGAAAAAGUCUGUGGCCCACAACAUGACCACUCCCAACAAGCUCCUCCGACUGGUGGACAACGGAACACUCCUGUACACUAUGAGGUUAACAAUCCAUGCUGAGUGCCCCAUGCAUCUGGAAGAUUUUCCCAUGGAUGCUCACGCAUGUCCCCUGAAAUUUGGAAGCUAUGCUUACACUGACCAUGAGGUGGUCUAUAUUUGGACCAAUGGGGAUGACAAGUCUGUCUCGGUGGCGGAAGAUGGAUCCAGGCUCAACCAGUAUGACCUGCUGGGUCACAACAUUGGCAAAGAGGUCAUCAGUUCCAGCACAGGAAAGUACAUAGUGAUGACAACAUAUUUCCAUCUGAAAAGAAAGAUUGGCUACUUUGUGAUCCAGACAUACCUUCCCUGCAUCAUGACCGUGAUCCUGUCGCAGGUCUCCUUCUGGCUCAACCGAGAGUCAGUUCCCGCACGCACUGUGUUUGGUGUCACUACGGUCCUCACCAUGACAACACUCAGCAUCAGCGCAAGGAACUCCUUGCCGAAGGUGGCGUAUGCCACGGCCAUGGACUGGUUCAUGGCGGUUUGUUACGCCUUUGUCUUCUCUGCCCUCAUUGAGUUUGCCACUGUUAACUACUUCACCAAACGUAGCUGGGCCUGGGAGGGGAGAAAGGACGAUAUGGACAUGAAGAGACGGGAAUGUGCCCCUUUGUCAAAAAAAGCUAACAACACGUUCAACAUUGUAGGAACAACCUAUGCUAUCAAUGUGGCGAAAGAACCAGGGUUAUCAACUAUUGCCAAGAGUGCCACAGACCCAGUCAAAAUACCCAGAAUGGAGGAACAGUUUUUGGAAAGCAAGAAGACUUACAACAGUGUCAGUAAAGUGGAUAAAAUUUCCCGAAUCAUAUUCCCUGUGCUUUUUUUCAUCUUUAACUUGGCAUACUGGGUAACAUACAUCAACAGAGAACCAAUUAUUAUUAAGAACAAGAACCAAAAAAUGUGAAACUGCUCAGUAAAAUGGCUUAUAAGUGUUGUGUAAGAAGCCAAGUGCUAUCCACGGGAUGCUAAAGUUUAUUUGUUUUAUUUCGUCUUGGAAUAUGUUGCAUAUAUUAGGCACGUUGUCUGAUGUUUUAGGCUCUAUCUCCUCAGAUUGCGCUGAUCACAUCAACACUUGCUGAACAGAGAAACCAGACAAAGCGCAGUUGUCUUUUUAACUUCUGACAAGGUUCUUCAGUGCCAUUCUGUCAACUCUCAGUGUUUUGUGAAACCAUGCAGGGACACCUCACAGCUGCAAGCUGUCCGCUGCCAUUACAUUGUCUCAUAGCUAUAGACAGGAGCACCAUUAAUUGCCUUUGGUAUGUACAGUAUUAAUACUCAAUAGACAAACAUUACUUCUUGUGGAAUUCCUUUUGUGUCCUGUAGGUCUGCCUGUACAUUUUCAAGACCAGUGAAUUGUAUUGUUUUAACGGCACAAGGUUUUUUUUUUUUUAAGUGCCUUU